AAUCAGAGCCCGACACAGGCCAACUACGGAUCCGUACUCCGUACCUACCAUCGACUUGCUCGGAGUGCGUGCCCCUACCCAAUUCAAGACCAUCAGAGCAACAGCGCUCGCAUGGGCCUCUCGAACUCUGAUUGACCGAAGCACCGAUGCUACCAUGGCGGACCUCGAAGCGUCCAAAAUCAACCACGACAACCACCUCCUUCUUGACCAACCGUGCCUGCGUACCCCAUACGAGCUGCUGCGCAAGAACUUUCGCUCUGUGCAUUAUCCCUUUGAGUGGGACUCUACCUCAGUCAAAAACCUGCUGAAAGAAACCGCCAACGGCUCGCUCAACGGCAAGACGUCGCCCCAAGAUGUCGUCAAGAACCUCGACCAGAUGCUGGCCAAAAUGCGCGGCCUGAAGCGCAAGCUGACUGCCGCCGCUGAGGAAGAGGACCGGCUCUACCGCCAGCUGGACGCCCGCGGAGCGCAUCUGCGCGAGCUGGCCAACCUCAACACGGUCGACGACGUCAGGUAUGAGGCCUGGUCACGCACACGCCUUGACCGUCUUUUGGUCGACUACAUGCUCCGGCACGGCUAUGACUCCUCGGCAAUAGCGCUAGCAGACGAACGCGAGAUGCGCGAUCUGGUCGACAUUGACACCUUCGUCGUCAUGAGCAAGAUCCGCAAAUCGCUCGAGGCGGGCAGCGUCCAGGAGGCGCUGGCCUGGUGCAACGAGAACAAGAAGGAGCUGCGCAAGAUGGAGUCCAAUCUCGAGUUUAUGCUCCGCUGCCAGCAGUACAUCGAGAUGAUGCGCAUCGGCUCGACGUCCAAGAUGCUCGAGGCCAUCAGCCACGCCAAGAAGCACAUCACCCCCUUCAACGACACAUACCCGGAUGAAGUCAGCAACAUGGCAGGCCUGCUCGCCUAUCGACCUGACACGACCCUCGAGCCGUACGCGUCACUCUAUAGCGCCUCCCGCUGGCAGAAACUCGCCGAUUCGUUUGCCGAGGCGCACCUGAAACUCCUCAAUCUGCCCCCGACCCCACUCCUGCACAUCGCCCUCUCGUCAGGCUUAUCCGCCCUCAAAACCCCCGCCUGCCACAGCACCCGGUCCCAACAAGUCCAACCUCCCACCCCAUCAUCCGACCCAAAAGAAGAAGACGACCACCACCACCACCAACCCACCAACGGCACCACCCAACCAACAACACCAAGAACAACACCAAAACCCCACCACCAUCACGGCACGGCCUCCCUGACCACGCGUGUCUGCCCUAUCUGCUCGACCGAGCUCAACGCGCUGGCCCGCAACGUGCGCUACGCCCACCACGGCAAGAGCCGUCUGCUCGAGCACGACUUGAUGCUGCUGCCCAACGGCCGCGUCUACGGCAAGGCCCGCCUCGACGAGUACGCCGCCAAGUCGGGCUUGCCCGCGGGGCGGGUCAAGGACCUGGUGACUGGGGAGGUAUUCGACGCGGGAGAGAUCAGGAAGGUGUUUGUUACUUGAACCUGAAAUUGGGUUCUUAUCAUGUAUCAUACAUGUGAUGUAGUAUAUGCUGGUGGGGGUGUUCGGUGCAUGCAAUGGCGUUUGGGCUUUUACGUAGUCGAGUUUGCUGGUUGUAUCAAGUAGGGCAUACGGACUUGGGUGGGAUGAUCAGGGCUGGAACAGGGUGUUGGGUCGAAAUGGCGAGAUAGGGCGGCGUAGGUUGACUUUUAUUUACUCUUGGGAUUUCAUCCGGUAUGACCGGUUUGAAUACAGUAGCAGGCAGAAAGGGCAACGUAAGCGAGAGUUAUCCUCAAUAUCACAUCAGCAUGGGCAUCGGAGCUUUAUCGCUGGUGAAGACGCAGUUAUGUAGUC